AUGAUUAAAAUCUCAAAUAAUCAUCAGUUGAACCUUAACAGCCGUUUACCAACACGAGAACUGGUAAUUCAGUCGUUUGUUCCAAUUAUUUUUGGAGGAAAGGAAAGCCAGAAUGUACAUGAAAUUCUUGGAAUUCGAAUUACAUCGUUUAUUAUGGAGAAUUAUGCUGAAAUUUUCAAGGUUCCAGAUGGUUUAAAGUUCCAAGUGGAACAGCAAAUUGCAUUUCAUAAAGGAUUACAAAAUGUCGAAAACCAAAGCAAAGAUGUCACGUUUUGUUUUCGAGUAACCAAACAAGACUAUGACGAACAAAAGCAAUUCGGGACGCAAAGAUUUCUUGAGGAUCUUCUUGAAAAUAUUGUUCAGAAUGAAGAAAUCGGUGAUAAAGAGCGCAAAAAAAAGUUGAAACAGUUUCAGAAGACGUAUCCUGAGAUAUAUUUCAGUCGUUAUCCAGCAGAUGGUCUAUCAUUAAUGUCUCGACAACCUAUAAAAUUACGACGUGUCAUAAAACCAAUCUCUCGUAGACAUGUAAAGAAUUUCCGCUAA